GCCGAAAGGUCUGGUCGCCCAGGCAGGAACGCGCAAUCCUCAGCGUGCACCAUCCCCGUAGCAUCCCUCCAGGCUCCGCAGGCAGCGAGCCUCUGGGCACCGGGCCCCCUCUGCUCCGCGGAAAAGCCUGAUGAAGUCCUCCGACAUCGACCAGGACCUGUUCACAGACAGCUACUGCAAAGUGUGCAGCGCGCAGCUGAUCUCGGAGUCUCAGCGCGUGGCCCACUACGAGAGUCGAAAACAUGCCAGCAAAGUCCGACUGUAUUACAUGCUUCACCCCAGGGAUGGUGGGUGUCCAGCCAAGAGGCUCCGAUCAGAAAACGGAAAUGAUGCUGAUAUGGUGGAUAAAAACAAAUGCUGUACCCUCUGUAACAUGUCCUUCACCUCCGCGGUGGUGGCUGACUCACAUUAUCAAGGCAAAAUCCACGCCAAAAGGUUAAAACUGUUGCUAGGAGAGAAAACCCCGCUAAAGACCACAGCCACGCCUCUGAGCUCACUUAAACCCCCGAGAGUGGACACGGCUCCAGUGGUUCCACCUCCCUAUCAAAGGAGAGAUUCAGACAGAUACUGUGGGCUCUGUGCGGCCUGGUUCAACAACCCGCUGAUGGCUCAGCAGCACUAUGAUGGCAAGAAGCACAAAAAGAACGCGGCACGGGUCGCUCUGUUGGAGCAGCUGGGGACGACGCUGGACAUGGGCGAACUAAGAGGUCUGAGGCGCAAUUACAGAUGCACCACCUGCAGUGUCUCUCUAAACUCAAUAGAACAGUAUCAUGCCCACCUGAAGGGAUCCAAACACCAGACCAACCUGAAGAAUAAGUAGUGAGAACUUCAAUCAAGAGAUGAGAAAAAAAGUCAGGAUAUUUCUGCCUUGGAGAAAUGCUUACCAACCACCAGAGGAAGAUUUGUUCACGAACAAUGAACAUUUCUCAUGAGGAUUCAGAUUAACAUAGGACUAAUCUUAGUUUUGGGGAAUGAAUGAGCUUCCUUUCUUUUCUUUUCUUUUUUUUUUUUAAUUUUGUGGUAAGCUAUGAUAUGUGGAUGGAUUUUGAAAAAAUUCUUUCCUGAUAAUAUAUUUAGCACAUGUUUUACAUCAUAAUCCUAUAGCAAACAGCAGGAGCAUCAUUCAAACUUAAAGACAGUGGGGAAAAAAAAUCUCAGUUUCCAAUUUAUUCUCAGAUUUCUUCACCAUGUAAUUAUUCUGUUAACUCCUUGCUGGUGGAAAUGCACACCACACCUAUCAAGAAAUAGACUUUAUUUUUUCAUCGUGUUAAACACAAUUGGUGGCAACGUGCACAGAACCUGGCAAAUCACUAUUAGUAGAAGAUACAUAAUGGACACAAAUUCUCAUUUUGCCUUCAAAAAUAUGAGCCAGCUUUGUCAUCCGAUCAAGAAUAAGGAGGGUAAAUCAAGAAGGAAUCCUCCUUUUUUUUUUUUUCCUGAUCAUUCGAGGAACAGUUUCUCAAGGUUAAGCCAAGUCCUCUUUUGCAAGCUGCCAAAACACUAGCUUAGGAAAAGAAUUAGUUUGCCUGCAUGAUGAUCCUCUUAGGCAAAAAUGUCUUCAUAGCAGUUGACCUCGAUGAAACGUUUUCCCAAAGGCAUUCACCAAAAGAACGAUCAGCCCCAGAAUGAGGGGGAAGUAAAAGAAUGUUUUCUUAUGAAGUUGGCCUGAAUUGUGGACUUUCGUGUAGGGCCCGGAGGAUUUGGAAAGAAAUGAGGGAAUUCUGCACAAAUGACCGCCUUGGACUUUGAGGUCACCCAUUCCUGUCUUUGUCACUCAAGUCCUCUUGCUGAGCUGAGAUUCAGCCGCUCUGGAGAGAAUGCCACUUGGCCAGUAUGGCAGACUGGAAAACCGUUCCUCUCUGAUGAGGGAUAUCUCUGAGGUUGAAAUCUCUAGGUUGAAAUCUUCUCCAUGGCAACUGGAUUUGUAGUCCUGCAGGCUCACUGCAAAGCUGGGCAUUUACCCUCCAGUCUGAAUGCUUCUUAGGACCCUGACUGGGGUUGCCCUUUGUACAUCGUGACCACAGGGGGUUGGUCUCCCCAUGUCAGGGUUUCCUGGGUGUCUGUGAUUUUUCCACAGAGACCUAAGGUGGUUACAACUCGGCGAGCAAUAAAUGAAAUGACUUAGGGAUGCACAGUGUCUUUACGGAGGUGUUUGCAAUUUGGCCCUGUUCUUUCGAGAAGGGUUCACUCAGGAGAGACCAGGCUUGUUAGUUUCUGUGACUUCAGAGAGAGCCAGCCCCGCCAGUCACACCAGCCACGGUCCGUCCCGUGGGAAGGAAGGAGGCUUUGAUAGGAAGAAUCUAUUUUUCUGUCUUGGAAAGCACACAACAGAACUAUAAACUUCCCAUGAUGACUUUUCUUUGAAUGUGUAAAAUAAAGCUUUCUUUGUCAAGUCUGCUGUAAAAUAAGCACUAAGUAAAAAAAAAAAAGAAAACAAAUCGUUGUUUCUGGUUGUGUUUAGAGUGUUUUUUUUAUUAUUGUUAAUAACAAUAUAGACACACUGAUGAAUGUAAAUCUCUUUUGCUUUUCAGAGAGGCUGUGCCAAACCCUUUAUAGAUAUCAGAUUAUUUUAGAAUUCCUUAUCUAGAUACCAUGGCUCUUUAGGUAAUCUGUCAAGUCCAAGUAAACACCCUACCCAAGAUCAUGUGGUUUGUUUUCAAAUUUCGUUA